GCAGAGCGGAGUGGCGAAAAGAGCCGAGUUUAAUGAUUUAUUUAGACAUCGUCCGCGAGCCCUCCCUCCCUUCCCUAACUAGCAGCAGCGGACCAUGGAGUUGAGAGCAGCACGCGCAACAACUGGAGCCUCGCUCCCUGAUUAAGUUAAGUGGAAUUAUCACAUUACCGUUAUUCUUUUGCCUCAGCAAAAAGUGUCGAAAUGGACGGGUUCAGUGAUUCCACCGUUGCUUGUCUUGACUAUGAGGAAGAAGAAUAGAAAUGCUGAAAAUUGUGUCUCCGUUGUUAAAUCAUCGCUCGAGACCCUCGGCAGCAUCCGCCCGUGCAUGAACCCUCCCACAGAAACGACAGAAAGUUCGGUGUGACAGCGAUGGCCAUGUCUGAUAAGAUGUCCAGCUUCCUCCACAUUGGGGACGUGUGCUCCUUAUAUGCUGAGGGCUCCACCUGCGGAUUCAUCAGCACCCUGGGGUUGGUUGACGAUCGAUGUGUGGUUCAACCAGACGCAGGAGACCUUAACAACCCACCCAAGAAGUUUCGAGACUGUCUCUUCAGACUGUGUCCCAUGAACAGAUACUCAGCACAGAAGCAGUUCUGGAAGGCCGCCAAGCCCGGGGGAACCAGCACCACAGACAACGGCCUUCUCAACAAACUUCACCAUGCUGCAGACCUGGAGAAGAAACAAAACGACUCUGAAAACAAGAAGCUCUUGGGGACUGUGAUACAGUACGGCAACGUCAUCCAGUUGCUCCAUUUGAAGAGUAAUAAGUACCUGACGGUGAACAAGCGUCUUCCUGCCCUCCUGGAGAAGAAUGCCAUGCGGGUCACUCUGGAUGCUGCAGGCAACGAGGGCUCCUGGUUCUACAUCCAGCCCUUCUACAAGCUGAGAUCCAUUGGAGACAGUGUGGUGAUUGGGGACAAGGUGGUGUUAAACCCUGUAAACGCAGGGCAACCUCUUCAUGCUAGCGGCCACCAGCUAGUGGACAACCCAGGAUGCAAUGAGGUGAACUCUGUGAACUGCAGCACCAGCUGGAAGAUCGUCCUGUUCAUGAAAUGGAGUGACAACCAGGAAAUUGUUCUGAAAGGAGGUGAUGUGGUGCGCCUGUUCCAUGCGGAGCAGGAGAAGUUCCUGACAUGUGACGACCACAGGAAGAAGCAGUACGUCUUCCUGCGCACCACCGGCCGCCAGUCCGCUACCUCAGCAACCAGCAGCAAAGCAUUGUGGGAAGUGGAGGUGGUCCAGCAUGACCCAUGCAGAGGGGGAGCUGGAUACUGGAACAGUCUCUUCCGCUUCAAACACCUGGCCACAGGACACUACCUAGCAGCUGAGGUUAACACAGAAUAUGAGGAUGACCUGGAAUCCCGUUCAUCUGAGAGAGUGAUGUACACGCUGGUGGCUGUACCUGAUGGCAAUGACAUCUCGUCCAUCUUCGAGUUGGACCCUACCACUCUCCGAGGGGGAGACUCUCUGGUACCCAGGAACUCGUACGUCCGGCUGAGGCAUCUGUGUACCAACACGUGGGUCCACAGCACCAACUACCCCAUAGACAAGGAGGAGGAGAAGCCCGUCAUGCUUAUGAUUGGCACGUCUGCCCAGAAGGAGGAUAAGGAGGCCUUUGCCAUCGUACCAGUCUCCCCUGCAGAGGUGCGAGACCUGGACUUUGCCAACGACGCCAGCAAAGUGCUGGCCUCCAUCGCGGGCAAACUGGAGAAGGGCACCAUCACCCAGAACGAGCGCAGGGCGGUGACCAAGCUGCUGGAGGACCUGGUGUACUUCGUGGUGGACAUCCCCAGCAGUGCACAGGACGUGCUGGAGAUCAUGGUCAACAAGCCCAACAGGGAACGGCAGAAGCUCAUGAGGGAACAGAACAUCCUCAAACAGAUCUUCAAGCUGCUGCAGGCCCCGUUCACAGACAGCGGCCCCAACGGCCCCAUGCUGCGUCUGGAGGAGCUGGGCGACCAGCGCCACGCCCCCUUCAGACACAUCUGCCGCCUCUGCUACCGCGUCCUGCGACACUCCCAGCAGGACUACAGGAAGAACCAGGAGUACAUAGCCAAGUAUUUCCGCUUCAUGCAGAAGCAGAUCGGCUAUGACGUGCUGGCGGAGGACACCAUCACGGCCUUGCUGCACAACAACCGCAAGCUGCUGGAAAAACACAUCACAGCCGCUGAGAUAGACACCUUCGUCAGCCUCGUCAGGAAGAACCGGGAACCCAGGUUUCUGGACUACCUGUCAGACCUGUGUGUGUCCAUGAACAAGUCCAUCCCCGUCACCCAGGAGCUAAUCUGCAACGCGGUGCUGGACCCAGCCAAUGCAGACAUCCUCAUCGACACCAAGCUGGUGCUGUCUCGGUUCGAGGUGGCAGGGGCGGUGCUGGGGGAGGCGGGGGAGGAGGAGGAGGAGGACGAGGAGGAGGUCUGGCUCUUCUGGAAGGACAGCAGUGGGGAGGUGAAGAGCAAGAGCAUCCGGGAGCUGGCACAGGACGCCAAGGAGGGACAGAGGGAGGACCAGGAGGUCAUCAGCUACUACAGGUACCAGCUGAACCUGUUUGCGCGGAUGUGCCUGGACCGGCAGUACCUGGCCAUCAACAAGAUCUCGGGCCAGCUGGACGUGGACCUGAUCCUACGCUGCAUGUCGGACGAGGACCUGCCGUACGACCUGCGCGCCUCCUUCUGCCGCCUCAUGCUGCACAUGCAUGUGGACCGCGACCCCCAGGAGCAGGUCACGCCCGUCAAGUAUGCCCGCCUCUGGUCCGAGAUCCCCUCCAUGAUCUCCAUCGACGACUAUGACAAUGAUGGCACGUCCAGGGACGAGGUGAAGGAGCGCUUCUCCCAGACCAUGGAGUUCGUGGAGAACUACCUGCGAGAUGUGGUGUGCCAGAGCUUCCCCUUCGCAGACAAGGAGAAGAACAAGCUCACCUUUGAGGUGGUGAACCUGGCCAGGAACCUGAUCUACUUUGGCUUCUACAACUUCACCGACCUGCUGCGCCUUACCAAGAUCCUGCUGGCCAUCCUCGACUGCGUCCACAUCACCACCUUCCCCGUCCUCAAGGACAGAGAGCCAGGCAAAGGGAGCAACGUGAUGCGCUCCAUCCACGGGGUGGGGGAGCUGAUGACCCAGGUGGUGCUGAGGGGCGGGGGCUUCCUGCCGCUCUCGUCUUCGCCCGCCCAGGACGGAGACGCCGUGAAGACCGUGACCGAGCCGCAGAAACAGGACAUCCUGGUCAUGGACACCAAGCUGAAGAUCAUCGAGAUCCUGCAGUUCAUCUUGAAUGUGAGGCUGGACUACCGUAUCUCCUGUCUGCUCUGCAUCUUCAAGAAUGAGUUUGACGAGAGUAACCCCCAGGCAGACCCAUCCACUAGCCAGGAUGUACAAGCUAAUGUACAGGGGGCGCUGGACUUUGAGCACAUCGAGGAGCAGGCGGAAGGCAUCUUUGGGGGAAGCGAGGAGAACACGCGUCUGGAUCUGGAUGACCACGGUGGGCGUACGUUCCUGAGGGUGCUGCUCCACCUGACCAUGCACGACUACCCCCCGCUGGUCUCCAAAGCCCUCCACCUGCUCUUCAGGCACUUCAGCCAGAGGCAGGAGGUGCUGCAGGCCUUCAAACAGGUCCAGCUGCUGGUGACCAGUCAGGACGUGGACAACUACAAGCAGAUCAAGAGCGAUCUGGACCAGCUGCGCUCCAUUGUGGAGAAGUCCGAGCUGUGGGUCUACAAGCGGCAGGGAGGGGAAUCGGGCAUGGACACAGGCGACACAGGCGACCACAAGGGCGACUCCACCUCGGGAGGCUCAGACAACCCGAAGAAAGCAGAGAGCACCAGCAGCUCCAACUAUAGACUGGUGAAGGAGGUUCUACUGCGUCUGAGCAGGCUGUGUGUGAUGGAUAGUUUGUCUGGCAAGAAGAGCAAGAAGCAGCAGCAGAGGCUCCUGAGGAACAUGGGGGCCCACAGUGUGGUGCUGGAACUGCUGCAGAUACCCUAUGAGAAGGGAGAGGAUGUUCGCAUGCAGGAUAUUAUGAAGUUGGCUCACCAGUUCCUGCAGAACUUCUGCGCAGGGAACCAGCAGAACCAGGCGCUGUUACACAAGCACAUUAACCUGUUCCUUAACCCAGGGAUCCUGGAGGCGGUGACCAUGCAGCACAUCUUCAUGAACAACUUCCAGCUGUGCAGCGAGAUCAACGAGCGCGUGGUGCAGCACUUUGUGCACUGCAUCGAGACCCACGGCCGGCACGUGCAGUACCUCAAGUUCCUGCAGACCAUCGUCAAGGCCGAGAACAAGUUCAUCAAGAAGUGCCAGGACAUCGUCAUGGCCGAGCUGGUGAACUCGGGCGAAGACGUCCUGGUGUUCUACAACGACCGGGCCUCCUUCCAGACGCUGGUGCAGAUGAUGCGGCUGGAGCGGGAGCGCCUGGACCCCAACAGCGCCCUGCGCUACCACAUCCACCUGGUGGAGCUGCUGGCCGUAUGCACCGAGGGCAAGAACGUCUACACCGAGAUCAAGUGCAACUCCCUGCUGCCGCUCGACGACAUCGUGCGCGUCGUCAAGCACGAGGACUGCAUCCCCGAGAUGAAGAUGGCCUACAUCAACUUCCUGAACCACUGCUAUGUGGACACAGAGGUGGAGAUGAAGGAGAUCUACACCAGCAACCACAUGUGGACACUCUUCGAUGACUUCCUCGUUGACAUGUGCAGAGUGUGCAACAACACGAGUGACAGGAAGCACGCGGACACGGUGCUGGAGCGUUACGUCACUGAGACGGUCAUGAGCAUCGUCACCACCUUCUUCAGCUCGCCAUUCUCUGACCAGAGCACCAGCCUGCAGACGCGGCAGCCCGUGUUUGUGCAGCUCCUGCAGGGUGUGUUCCGGGUCUACCACUGCAACUGGCUGAUGCCAGGCCAGAAGGGCAACGUGGAGAGCUGCAUCAAGGUGCUCAGCGACGUUGCCAAGAGUAGAGCGAUUGCCAUCCCCGUGGACCUGGACUGCCAGGUGAACAACCUCUUUGUCAAGUCCAACAACAUCGUGCAGAAGACGGCCCUGAGCUGGCGCCAGUCGGCACGCAACGCCAUACGCAAGGACUCUGUGCUCGCCACCUCGCGAGACUACAGGAAUAUCAUCGAGAGGCUACAGGACAUCGUGUCAGCUCUGGAGGAGCGUCUGCGGCCGCUGGUGCAGGCUGAGCUGUCGGUGCUGGUGGACGUGCUGCACCGGCCAGAGCUGCUCUUCCCAGAGAACACAGAAGCGCACCGCAAGUGCGAGAGUGGAGGCUUCAUCUGCAAACUGAUCAAGCACACCAAGCAGCUGCUGGAGGAGAAUGAGGAGCGGCUGUGCAUCAAGGUGCUGCAGACGCUACGGGAGAUGAUGACCAAGGACCGGGGCUACGGGGAGAAGCUCAUGACCUAUGCUGAUGACAUGGAUGGAGCUAAGGAGGUGGAUCUGAGUCAGCCUCUCAAACAGCGCGAGGACCAGAGGAGGGGCGAGGCGCUGAGGCAGAUUCUGGUGAAUCGUUACUAUGGCAACUUCAGGGGUGGCGGGAGAAGAGACAGCCUGACGUCCUACGCUAACUCCGCCCUCACACCUGUUGGGCCAGCCAAGAGCCAAUCAGCUGGUGGAGGCCUGAGCCGAGCAGAGAUGUCUUUGGCGGAGGUCCAGUGCCAUCUGGACCACGAGGGAGCAUCAGACCUGGUCAUCGACCUGAUCAUGAACACCAACAGCGACCGCGUCUUCCACGAGAGCAUCCUGCUGGCCAUCGCCCUGCUGGAGGGAGGCAACACCACUAUACAGGGAUCCUUCUUCAAACGCCUGACGGAGGAUAAGAAGUCGGAGAAGUUUUUCCGGGUGUUCCACGACCGCAUGAAGGUGGCGCAGCAGGAGAUCAAAGCCACCGUAACCGUCAACACCAGCGACCUCGGCAACAAGCGCCGCGAUGACAGCGUAUCAGACAAAGACACGCCUCAGAGAAAGAGAGCAAAAGACGGGGUGGUGGCGACGGAGGAGGCGCGGGAGCAACUGCUGGAGGCCUCGGCGGUCACCAAGAAGGCCUACAGCUCGUACCGGCGCGAAGCCGACCCCGAGGAGGCGUUUGGGCCGGCCGAGGGCCAGGCGGGCGCCGGCGGGGGCGGGGCGGCGGGGGACAAGGGGGCCGACAACGGCGAGAUGAGCUUCGUCAUCCUCAUCAUGCAGCCCAUCCUGCGCUUCCUGCAGCUGCUCUGCGAGAACCACAACCCGUACCUGCAGAACUUCCUGCGGUGCCAGAACAACAAGAACAACUACAACCUGGUGUGUGAGACGCUGCAGUUCCUGGACUGCAUCUGUGGCAGCACCACGGGGGGCCUGGGCCUGCUGGGCCUCUACAUCAACGAGAAGAACGUGGCCCUCAUCAACCAGACCGUGGAGAGCCUCACCGAGUACUGCCAAGGACCCUGCCACGAGAACCAGAACUGUAUUGCUACCCACGAGUCCAAUGGCAUCGACAUCAUCAUCUCCCUCAUCCUGAAUGACAUCAACCCUCUGGGAAGAAAAAGAAUGGACCUAGUUUUGGAAUUAAAGAAUAAUGCUUCAAAGUUGUUGUUGGCCAUUAUGGAAAGUCGUCAUGACAGUGAAAACGCAGAGAGGAUCCUUUAUAACAUGCGACCGAAAGAGCUUGUGGAAGUGAUGAAGAAGGCCUACCAGCAGGGGGAGACAGAGACCGAUGAGGACGAGGAGCAGGAGGAGAAUGGGGACGACUACGCCGCUUCGCCACGAAAUGUUGGGCACAACAUCUACAUUCUUGCACACCAGUUGUCGCGCCACAACAAGGAGCUGCAGAUCCUGUUGAAGCCAGGAGGAGAGGAGCAGGCCCUGGAGUACUACACUCAGCACACCUCGCAGAUAGAGAUAGUGCGUCAGGACCGCACCAUGGAGCAGAUCGUGUUCCCGGUGCCCAACAUCUGCUCCUUCCUGACGAUCGAGUCCAAGCUGCGAGUCUACUUCUCUACGGAGCGCGACGAGCAGGGCAGCAAGAUCAACGACUUCUUCCUACGAGCAGACGACCUCUACAGCGAGAUGCGCUGGCAGAAGAAGCUACGAGCCAAGCCUGUGUUGUACUGGUGCUCCAGGAACAUGUCCUUCUGGAGUAACAUCUCCUUCAACCUGGCCGUGCUCAUCAACCUGCUGGUGGCGCUCUUCUACCCGCUGGAGGCCGCCAGCAACGGUACCCUGGACCCGUCCCUGUCGGCGCUGCUGUGGGUGUGUGUGCUGGCGUCGUGGGGCAUGGUGAUGGUGGUGCCUCAGCCUCACGGUGUUCGGGCCCUCAUCGCCCUCACCAUCCUCAGGCUCAGCUUCUCUGUGGGCCUGGAGCCCACACUCUCCCUGCUCGGGGCCUUCAAUGUGUGUAACAAGAUUAUUUUCCUGCUGAGUUUCGUGGGUAACCGGGGCACGUUCACGCGCGGCUACAAGGCCAUCGUGCUGGACAUGGAGUUCCUCUAUCACCUGCUCUACCUGCUCAUCUGCACGCUGGGACUCUGUGGACACGUAUUCUUCUACAGCCUAUUGCUGUUUGACCUGGUGUACCGCGAGGAGACGCUGCUGAACGUGAUCAAGAGCGUGACGCGUAACGGGCGCUCCAUCGUGCUGACGGCCGUGCUGGCCCUCAUCCUGGUCUACCUCUUCUCCAUCGUGGGAUACAUCUUCUUCAAGGACGACUUCAUCCUGGAGGUGGACCGCAUGCCCAACAACACCACCAUGGAGGAGGGGGGCAGUAUGGCGGGAGACGUCAUGCCUGACGGAGUGUGUCGCACGGAGAACGGAGACCCAUGUCCUCCACCGCCAGCACCUGCACCAGUAGAAGACCAGGAGGAUGAGGCGGAUGCUGAGAGGGCGUGUGACACCCUGCUGAUGUGCAUCGUCACUGUGCUGAGUCACGGCCUCAGGAGCGGAGGGGGAGUGGGAGACGUGCUACGCAAACCAUCCAAAGAGGAGCCCCUGUUUGCGGCGCGUGUGGUGUACGACCUGCUGUUCUUCUUCAUGGUGAUCAUCAUCGUGCUGAACCUGAUCUUUGGAGUCAUCAUCGACACCUUCGCCGACCUCAGGAGUGAGAAGCAGCGCAAGGAGGAAGUGCUCAAGACCACCUGCUUCAUCUGCGGCCUGGAGCGUGACAAGUUUGACAACAAGACGGUGACGUUUGAGGAGCACAUUAAGGAGGAGCAUAACCUGUGGCACUACCUCUACUUCAUCGUCCUGGUCCGCGUCAAGGACUCCACCGAGUACACGGGGCCCGAGAGCUACGUGGCACAGAUGAUCAAGGAGCACAACCUGGACUGGUUUCCGCGUAUGCGUGCCAUGUCCCUGGUCAGCAGUGAUGGGGAGGGCGAGCAGAACGAGCUGCGCUGUCUCCAGGAGAAACUAGACUCCACCAUGAAGCUGGUCUCCAGCCUCACCAACCAGCUCAGCGAUCUCAAAGAACAGAUGACGGAGCAGAGGAAGCAUAAACAGCGUAUCGGUCUCCUUGGAAACCCCGUCCACCCCCUGGCUCAACAGCCUGCAUGACCUCCAUGACCCCCCCUGUGUGUGUGUGUGUGUG